UUGUUCUUCUUUUUCUUUUUGUUUUGAUUUUAUCGGAUUGUUUGUUUUCUCUAGUUCUCUAGGCUUGAGGGUAAACAAGACCACCAAUGGAUCGCACUCAUUUUCAUUUCAUUUUGGUGUUUUGCUGGACGUCUCUCAUGAUCUGUGGGAUUACCAGCCAGCAGUGUGGAGACGACACUUACUCCAUCUAUCAAAUGAUGCUUAAAGGUCACACCUUUAAGAGUUUGAAAGUUCGACCAGGCUCGUCAGAUUGUAGACAAGCCUGCUUCAAAGACAUCCGCUGUCACAGCUAUAACGUGAUCAUAUCCAAAAGCAUUUGUGAGCUGAAUAACAGAACUAAGGAGGCCAAACCAGAAGACUUCAUUAAAGACAAGGACAGAUAUUAUAUGCAGAAAGGUUCAGAAAGAGUUCCUCUCGGGUUUAUUCCGGAGCUUCCUGCUGAUUCGUGUAAAGAGAUAAAGGGGAGUGAAGGAAGACAAGUAGCCAGCGAUAAUUACUGGUUGAGAUCUGGAAAACCCGUAAUUGCUCGUUGCAACAUGACUACAGAAGUUGCCGACUUUUGCAUUAAACAUUGUUGUAAAAACAAUCCAACGUGUGUGAACCGUAAAUUGAACUACAUCUGUGGUUGCAAUACAUUACGGUGGUCCGGACGCUAUUGUUAA